AUGCCCGAUUCUAUUGUCCUCUGCCUCCGUGAUCAAUUACGAAAUUCCACAGUCAAGGUCAUCGAGAUAUCACCCCCUCCUGUUCAAACGGAACUCCAUGACUACAUGGGUGCUGACAAGGGACGGGCGUUGGGAAUGCCAAUCGACAAGUUUACGCAGGCUGCCUAUGACGGGCUCGUUUCAGGAAGUGAUCAGAUCGUCAUCGGGGCGGUGGGAUCAUCAGAGACUUUUAACGAUGUUGUGGAGAAGCGGAGGACGCUUUUUCAGAAUCUGGCCAAAAUGAUGAGAGGAGAAAAUGUCGAGUCUCCUCGGGAUAGUGCUCUUCUUGCACCAAUCCUGAUGUCUGGCGCGCCGCCUCUUUGGAUCUGGGCUUGGCAGGAUGAUGACGACGAAGACGAGCGCGUGGCAAACUAUGAGCCUUCUGACCUGAAGAAUCGGCAGCCGAAGCAGAUCUUCGAGAAGGCAGCUGGGCAAACAUACAUCCACUUUGCAUAUGAACCGGCGUACCGCCGGGCAAGGCGGCUUCUACGUUCUGCCAUAUUCGGUGUAAGGCCAAACGAAGACUUCAAGGAACUAGAGGAGAUGUUCGCGAAGUGGGAGCGUAUUCGACACAGAAGAGUGAUUUAG